CCUCAAACUGUGAACGGCCAGUCGCUUUACGGUAUAUUGAUCAACUAAUUCCCACCCACCUGGUUCGAUAUGCAACGGCUCAGGUCAGCCCAGUAACCGAAGCCGCUUAUGCAUGAUCCUAGACACCGGAAUCGCACAACUCUAUCCGCGGCCUUCGAAUGGUGUAUAAAUCCGACCGCUUACAGCUCUUAGACCGUUCCGUCCACACAUACGUACUAGAACGUGCAGAUAUGCCAGCGGUAGCCUAUCGGUAUCACAAUUAACUGCAUCAUCAACGUGUCCGACUGGAGGGGAACGGUGGGGUGAUGAAAAUAGAUAGGUACUUCACGUCCCAGCUCGUUCAUCCACUUCCUUAUCAGUCUUCCUUAUUUUCUCCAAUUCCCAGUCAUCAAUUGAAUCCUUUCUCGUGUCGAUUUCCGUAAUGGCCCCCCUUCAAAAUCUUGAACAGCUAGCGGACGAGAUCCAAGGCCUGGCGAAGACGGUCUCCGCAUUCCUAGGCACGACGAACGGAUCAAUUCCGAACUUCGAUGCGGCGGCGCCGGAUGUACAGGCAGCGCGGCAGAAGCUUCGCGAUGUGUCGAAGGCCAUCUACGACAUCACGACUGGCCCGAGAGAGCGCCUGAUCAACCUGACCACAGGCUCUACCGUCCUUUCCGCGUCCCUGCGCUGGAUUUACCAGUUUCGCAUCGCGCAAUCCGUCCCACUGGAUGCCCCCAUCACAUUCACCGCGCUCGCUACCGCUGCUGGCGUCGAUGAGUCCCAGCUCAAGCGCGUGCUGCGCUAUGCCAUAACCCACGGCAUCUUCACCGAGCCCACUGUUGGCAGCGUGGCACACACGUCCGAGUCCAAGCUCCUUGGCAACGACCCGUUUAUGCAGAAUUACAUCGGCCAUUACUCUGAGCACUCGUUCCACAUCGUCUCUAAGAUGCCGGAGGCGACGGCGAAGUGGGGCGCGAGUCCGGAGACCACGGAGACCGGGUUUAACGUCGCGUUCGAUACGGAGAUGCCCAUGUUCAAGUACAUGCAAAACCAUCCCGCGAAGGCGAAGCGGUUCGCGGGGUUGAUGCAAGGGAUGGCGAGUAGUCCGAGGUAUCAUCUGCGCCAUUUGGUGGAAGGUUAUGAUUGGGCAGCGCUAGGCAAUGGGAAAGUCGUGGACAUCGGCGGCUCUGCCGGCCACGCAUCCAUCGCUCUUGCGAAUGCCUAUCCCUCCCUCACCUUCGUGGUCGAAGAUCUCCCGCACGUAGUCGCGCAGGGUGCGGAAGCGCUCCCCGAGCCGCUCAAAUCCCGGAUCUCGUUCCUACCGUUGGACUUCUUCACCCCUCAGCCGGUCAAGGACGCGGAUGUGUACAUCUUACGCCAAAUCUGCCAUGACUGGUCCGAUAAGUACGCGGUGAAGAUCCUCGAGAAUCUGCUGCCGGCGAUGAAGAAGGGGGCGAAGCUGGUCAUCAUGGAUGGAUUGAUCCCACCUCCGAAUGCUAUUCCGAAGUUGGACGAGGCACAGGUCAGAAUGGUCGACUUGGUGAUGAUGACCCACUUCAAUGGUAAGGAGCGGGAUCUAGAAGAUUGGAAAGGCUUGUUUGCGCAGGCCAGUCCGAAGUUGAAGCUGUUGAACACCAAGACGCCGGCCGGAAGCGUGUACUCCAUUCUGGAACUGGAAAUGGAAGAAUGAACAAUCGCUGUUUUUAUUCGACAAUGAAAUGAAGUCUUCUGGUGUUCUAUAAUACGCUCCCUACCCCAACCGAAUCCUGUUUGUCCGUCUCUUAAUAUUGUCACCACCCAUAGAUAGCAAUACCAGCCCAAUGGUGUAACGUUGCGUGACAAGAAACGCCA